AUGUUCUCAAUUUUAAUUUGGUUAGUUUACAUGAAGAAAGCUAGUUGCUUUGUGUAAGUCUACUCCUUUGAUGCAAACGAUCAAAAUCAGGAUUGUUGGAAUAUCACAAAUAUGCUAAAUACGAUGUUUAGAACCUGUGAUUCUUAAGUGAUUUUUGGUGGACCUAAGAGUUUUGGAAUGAAUACCUACAUUACGAGAUUUUUUAAUGACCUUGAUCCUCAUUACAAGUUGAAAAUUGAAAUCGAGCUGUGGAUAAUAGAUAAAUGGACUUCAGAUUAAAUAAACAUUGAAAUUGACAAUACUUUGUAAUUCUAAAAAGGUUACACGCAUUCUGACGCAUUUCCUGAUUAUUGUGGUACUGGGAGCCUGUUGGAUGAUGAUGAUGAUUCUUCUGUUUACAGUGAUGAAUAAGAUACAAUAUUAAUUACAAUUCCUCAUGUUAAAAGAAGUGUCUGGGUUCAUAUUUAUGUAGAUGUUUAAACUGAUGAAAAUUAAUCAUGGGGCAUAAAAACAUUUAAAUUAAGUAUAGAGAAAUGUCUAAAUGGAUGUCUUGCAUGUUUUGGUGAUGAUUACUCAUAAUGUCUAAAAUGGCAAAAACAUACAUAAUCCUUUUCGUAAUCUUACAUUAGUGGAUCUGAUUUAUGGGAUGGAAUUGGAUUUCCUUUAAAUAUUUUUCAGUCAGACUAAUGCUCUGGUUGCAAUUAUUUUUAUGGUAUGAAAUUUAGAAGAUUUCUGAAUUUGCCAAAAAAAUAAUAAAUCCUUCUUAGAUUAUUUAAAUAUGAGGCAAAUACUUUUCAAAUUUUAUUAAAUAAUCUUAUUUAUAAAAUUAUUUACAAUCCUAUUGGAUAGAUACAAAUUUUGAUAGAUGAUUGGAAAGGCGAAAUAUAUGAAAUUCUGCUUGAAUCCUUAUCAUCUAAUUUAUAUAUAAGAGAUAUUGAUAUUUACUAUGCAGAUCGGGAAGAAGAAAAUAUAAUCUAAUUCAUGCCUGGUUGUGUGUUUUUUAUUGACUUGAUAUGUAAUUAGUGUUAUGAAGGUUGGAAGUUUAUUGACAUUCACUAAAUGUGUCAACCAUAUUGUGGUGAUAAACUUAUUGUUGGAGAUGAAGAAUGUGAUGAUGGUAAUGAUUUAUCUCAUGAUGGAUGCUUUUAAUGUUAAUUCUAAUGUGAUCAAAACUGCCUUGUAUGCUAAUUUGGCAAAUGUGUAGAAUGUUAAAACAGUUUUGAAUUAAAUAGUGAUUAACUAUGUUUACCUAUUUGUGGAGAUGGAUUCGUAGUUCCUUAUACUGAAGAAAAAUGUGAGGAUGUCAAUAAUAUUGAAGGUGAUGGCUGUUUUAAUUGUAAAUUUGAAUGUGAUUAAAUGUGCAGUAUUUGUUAUUUGAAGAAAUGCUUAGAAUGUUAAAAAGGAUAUUAAUUAAUUGACAAUUAAUGCUAUCCUUAUUGUGGGGAUAAAAUUGUAAUUAAUGGUUUUGAGGAUUGUGAUGAUGGUAAUUUACUACCAUUUGAUGGAUGUUUUGAAUGCAAAUUUUAAUGCUAAGCAAGUUGCAUCAUAUGUUAAGAAGGGAAAUGCAAUGAUUAAUAAUGUGAAGAUGGAUAUAAAUUACUCUAGGGGGAAUGCAUUUCAAUUUGUGGUGAUUAGUAUGUUACAUCGUAAGAAGAAUGUGAUGAUAGUAAUGAUAUUGAGUAUGAUGGCUGUCAUAAUUGUAAAUAUUCAUGUACUUUGAAUUGUUUUGAUUGUUAAUAAGGAUAAUGUCUUGUCUGUGAGGAGCAAUAUCAAAUCACUAAAAGUGGAGAAUGCCAAUAAAUUAAAAUUUCAUAUGAGGAGGAGUAUGCUAUUAUAGAAUGCGAUGAUGGUAAUGAUUUACCAAAUGAUGGGUGCUAUAAUUAAAUGAUUGAGUUUAAUUGGGUGUGUUCAGAAUAUUCUAUUGACACACUUAGUUAAUGUACCUUUUCUGUAAAUCCAAAGUUGAUACUUACCUUCCUAAAUUAUACGUAAGAUACAUAAUUUGUAAAAAUUUCAUUCAGUGAACAAGUUAUGACUACAUCUUAAUUUGUUCUUACGGAUACGAUGGAAACAUUGGUAAUAGAUGUUUCAGAAGAUAAAUAGCUAUUAAAUUUAUCUAUUAUUUAAGAUGCAAGUGCAUAACUUUCAUAGCCAGAAUAUGUUAUUGCAAUUCAGAUAUUUUAGUUACUUGAAAUUAAACCAAUACUUUAGAUUAAAUUAAAUUAAUAAAUUGUUAAUCAAUAUGGAGCUUCUGUGAUUCCUAAUGAUCAUUACAUUACCAUAAAUAUUCCAAAUUACUUGGAUGAAGUCUAAAAGGUAUACUCGUUAAAGUUGAAAUAAGUCAAUAAAUCUAUUAUUUAUUUUAUUCUUGGUGUUGGAAUAAUAUCCCUAUUUUUUGGCAUGUCUGAAUUAUUUUUGUAAAUUAUCAACAUAUUGUAAUAUCAACAAUACCUAAGGUACCUUAAUUUAAAGUUUCCUUAAAAUCUCUUGAUAUAUUUUGAAUUAGGUGAUCUGUUAUAGAGUUAAACAUUGAUGGAUUAUUUUUGUGUGCAAGAUUUUUUCUAAUUUUUCGAAGUAGAAUCGAACUUUAAAACUUCUUAUGAAAAAUUCUAUUACUAUAACCUUAAUGUUGAUCUCAUCUAAAAUAUACAGUGGUAGUUAUUUCAAUGUAUAAUUUGCUUACUAAUAAUAUCAAUUGUUCAUAUGUUAUAAAGAGUGUUCUAUUAUCACAUCUUUACUGAUUAAUUUGUUCCAAAAAUCUCUACUUUAUUAAACUGCAUAAAAAAUCAAUUUUUAAUAAAGAUUUUGUAAGGAUUUUACAAAUUAUUUAAAUGGUUCUUAAGCUUAGAAGAAGUGGCCACUUAUAAUGGUAUCAAACAGUUAUUAUUAAUUAAUGGAUGGGAUUUAAUUUUUAAAACUUUAUUAUAUCUUUAAUCAAUAAAUUCAGUCUUAAAAAGGGAUAUUACCUCACUAAUAUUAAGUUCAAUCAUUCUUCUAGCCUAUUUAAUUAUAUUGAUUUCUGCUUGUAAUAGAGAAACAUUAAUCAGAAAUAUAAGUCCAAAGUUCUUAUUGUUAAAAAGAUAUGAGAUUUUUAAUUUGCUAAGAUAAACUAGCUUCCUGAUAAUCUUAGUAUUCUUAUAGCGAUAAGAAAUUUUGUAGACUUUGCUCAUUGCACUAAUAUGUGUGAUGUGUCUCAAAAUCGUUUACAAUUAUCGAAAGGUUUUUGAGAUGGCAAACUUUUUGGUUUAAUUUUGUGUUGAAGGAUCAAUAAUAUUGUUUACAUUUACAUCACUCGUAUAUGUAAGUGAUUAUGCGAUAUAUAUCAACUAGGAGCUAAAAAUUAAAUUUGGUUGGUUUCAUAUCAGCAUUCUCUCAAUUGGUCUUAUUGUUCAAUUAAUUAUGAUUAUUUAUGAAAGGAUUCGUUCAUUCUAUAAGAAACACCAGCACGGAAAAGAAAAAUUCAGUUAAGUUCGAAAAAAUUCUCAUUUGAUUUUAGUGGAAAUAAAAAACCGUGUUAUAAUUCAAGAUGUAUGA